AUGUCUUCCCCAAAAUCCCAUGCUCAAUCUUCCUCUGUUCCAGUUCUUCCAGAUUACAUUACUGGGAUUGGGAUUGAUAAGCAUGCGAUAGAGGUUAGGAGCAAGCUCCAUCCUUUUGCCCAGAAAAACCUAGACGAAAAUGUCCUCCAUUUGUUCGAAAAUACCUUGGUGCUGGGGCCUCACUGGUUUGGUCUCGUUCCUCCCGAGAUGGCAGAGCUGAUGAAGAAGGAUGCUGAGGCCCCUCUAUGUUUCGAGAGUUCUUCUGCUCUGGCUUCUCAUUCUUGGGUUAGCAAGAACUUGAGCCGUUUGUUCCCAUCUAGUGAAGUGAGAAACAGUCCAGUCAAGUGGGCUAACUGGAUUGACAGGCUUCUUCCCCGAUUUGGGGCUCACUGGAAACGGGCUGGAAUUUAUGACGCCAUACUCCUAUCUAGGCAAUCUAUCAACAGAGAUGAGAACCUGCUUGCUGCUGCCCUCUGUUUUUGGAAUUCUGCCAGUAACACUUUCGACUUUCGUAUAGGCCCAAUGGCUCCAACUCUGCUGGAUAUGGCUCAGAUUUUUGGUUUUAGGCCUCAUGGAAGACUUGUUGAUGCUAUUGGUGAUUAUCACAGGAAGAAAGACCAGCAGAAGCUAACCAAGCCAUUCAACAUUUCUCCAGCCCUGAUCAACCAGAAUUGCUCAUUCUCCAAUUAUCUCAGAAAAUUCAGUGCUGAGAAGGAUAAGGACCAGCAGCAUAUGCUGUUUCUUCUGUAUUGGCUGAACAGGUUUAUUCUGCCAAAUCGUUCUUCUACAGUUCUGCUUGAGUAUAGACAUCUGGCAGAAGCUUUGCAUAAUCACACUGAUGUUGGACUCGGGCCUACAGUUCUGGCUCAUCUAUUCAAGAACCUGCAUACUGCAACCCUGGAGUAUCCGCUAAAUCUGUCUGCUCCUGGUGCCUUCUGGAUGAUUCAGAUCUGGCUGCAGGUCUAUUUUCCUGAAUUGAGGUUUCCAGACAUAGUUCUGCUUGAGGAUCAGGUUCUGGCUCAGCCACUGUUGUCGGCAGAAGUCCCCAAGAGGUCAAUUGAUGAGUACCUAAUGAUCUUCAGGCAUUGUACCAAAAGGUCUGCAGCGCAAUGGCAAGUGGUGAUCAGGAGAACCUAUCCUUGGUUUCAACCUGGACACCGUCUGUUUGAGAAGGAGCCAAAAGAAGAAUCUGCCAGAACUAAUUUCAGGAAGAAGUUCCUGAGUGUGACCUUACCCAGAGAUCUGCCUCACGGAGGAGGAAAGCCUCCAAAUUAUCAUUUGGGGGCAGAAGUCUACCAUCCCAAUUUCUGUGCAAGGCAGCUUGGCUGCCCUCAGCUCAUACCCCUCAAGUCAUACAGAAGCUGCAAUCGGGGCUCUUCUUGGAGGGAUGCAGAUGACUUGGAGGUCCACAAAGAUGCCAGAUGUGCAGUGAAUAAGAUUAACAAUAGUGCAGAUGCCCUUUAUCCUUCAUGGGAACUGAAUUCCUGCAGUUCUGCGGAGUUUGAUGCUUGGUGGAAGGCCAGAUUCCGUGAUCUGCCUGCUUCUAGUACCGCACUUCAAGUUCUCUUUAAGGGUUGGGACAACUGGACUGUCCAUACAGACGAGGAGACUCACAAAUUCAUGGUGCAAACCAUUAAAGACAUCAAUAUGCAAGUUAUAUAA